UUCUCAAUUUUGGUGUGGCGUUAGUCAUUAAGAAUGGCCAUUGCACUGGAUCCAAAAGAUCUCGAGGUAGGUGUCGGGAUGGCUAUUGAAGAUGACGAGAAUGAUACAUGGGAUGUCAAAUUGUCAGCAUCAGAGCCUGAUAGUGAUGAUGAAUUUGAACCCAAUGGCUUAUUUGCAAGACUUUUCAAAACUGGUUUUUCUAGUACUUUUAAGAAUCAAAGGAAAUACAUACCAUCCCGGCUUUUAGGUGUUUUUGAACAUAGUAGCACUGCUGAGUUACCUACAACCAUCACUGAAAGCUGCCAACUUAUUUUAAAUAUCAUUAGAAAAUAUAGCAAUAAUAUUCUUGUUCAAGAGAAAUGGUUAAAUGAAACUGAGUAUCUCUUGAAGAAUAAGGUCCUCACUAUUGGUGUGUUUGGAAGUCACAAAGCUGGAAAGAGCACUUUAUUGAAUGCACUCCUUCAUCACGAAGUAUUACCAACAACUGUUAUAAAUGAAACAGCAUUUAUUUUAAGAAUUUUUCAUAAACCUAGCAGUCAUUAUGGAAGCAGCUGUAUUGAAGAUACUGAACAACUUCUAUCAAUGAAAAAAAGAGAAAUUAAGGGUCGUCGGGUUAUUCAAAAAGAAAUUCGCAAAAGGAAUGUUGACGUUAGAGAAAAGGCUGCAACAAUUAGUGUUGAUGAAUUAGAAGCACACAUUCCCUUCCUAUGUUGUUGUUCCACUGGUGAUAUCAAUAUUGUGCUGUUAGAUACACCUGGUUUGUCUGAAUCAAAUGAUUUAGGGAUUUUUGAAGUAUCAGAGUAUCAAUUGAUGACCUGUGCUGUAUAUGUUUAUGUAAUAUCAUCCCAACAAUUGGAGGAUUCUAUUGAUACUGACUCACUGAGAGCUAUUGUUUUCAGGGAUCCAAAUGCAUUUGAAGAAAGGCGAAUCCUCAUUGCUGUAACAAGGCUUAAUGAGUUUAGUAUAAAAACCUCAGAUUCAGACAGUGAGGAUCAUGAUUCAAGUUCUGGCAAUGAUGAAGAAAUCCCUAAGCGUAUUGAUAGCAUAAAGGAGGUCAUCCAGCGACAGUGCAGGUGUUUAGGUGUGCCUAUUCCAGAUGAUUGCAUUAUCCCUUUGUGUGCUAUUGGAGCUCUUAAGGCAAGGAAAGAGAAACUAGGAGGAAAGAGGAGUAGAGAAAUGAGAAAGCUGAUGUUAGAGUUGGAUGUAUCAACUGCAGAAGAGAUAGAAAAAGUUAGUCAAAUAUCAUUAUUGGAAGAAAAACUUAUUGAAGUUGCUGGUAAUUCUCAUUAUUUAUGGCACUACAAUAUUGUAAGGGAUUGCACUAGAUACUUGGACCAAGCUAUAAGAAAAUUGGAUGAAACUAGGGAAGAAUUUAGGAGAACUGGAAAAAAGUUUCAUGAUACUGUAAAGGAGAAAAAGGAUAUCAUAGAAACGUUCAAAAAAUUAGUGAAGAGUAUAAGAUCCAAGUAUACAAAUGAGUCAGAAUUUUGUACAGAAUUGGAAACUGCUUAUAAUGAGGAUUUAAUGGUACCAUCUGUUAAUACAUUAAUUUUGUAAUGCCUAAGUGUAACAGGUUAUUUUUAUGGGUUUAAUAUUUUGUGGUUUGCCAAUUUUUGAUUUUUUGACAGCUAAUUUGAAUAGUUUGCAAGGUGACCAUGCUA